UUCAAACCCACAGUCUGCUGGUUGUGAAAGAAGCUCCUCUACUGACAACGUGUUUGUGUCCCCCAGUACCAGGAGGCAACCUCUUAGCUUCUCUGGCACUCCUGUCCUGGAGAAUUGUCCUGGGAAUGAUGAUGAGCGUGAGAGGAAGCAGCGGCGGCGCUCCAGGGUUGUCGACCUGCAAUUUAGCACUGAAUCACCUUUGUCUGUACAAUCUCCCUCCAACAAGCAAGUGGAAACAUCAUUGCCAGCAAUUCCCCUACUGACAGAUACCCAGAUAGCUGAUCAUUAUUCGACAUGUAUCAAACUUUCAACAGAAAAUAAAAUCACCACCAAAAAUGCAUUUGGUUUGCACCUGAUUGAUUAUAUGACAGAAAUACUCAGACAGAAGGACUGUGAACUCACCAACUUUAAGAUAGCAGCUGGUACCUUAGAUGCCAGUACAAAGAUCUAUGCUGUGAGAGUUGAUGCUGUCCAUGCAGAUGUCUACAGGGUUCUUGGAGGACUAGGCAAAGACUCUGCACCAGCAGAACCUGUGGAUAACCAGGAUACAAGUGGAGAUGUGGAAUCUGUGAGUGGAAAGAAGCCUCCAAGCAAGAGGAAGCACCUGUACAAAACGAUAGAGCAGAAUCUGAAUAACAUUAAUGUCUCUGACACAGAUCGUAGAUGUGAGGUCGAUCCAAUGUUCCAGAAGACUGCAACCUCUUUCGAUGAGUGCAGUACAGCUGGCGUUUUCCUUACCACACUCCACACACACAGCUAUCUCAGUGAAAUCCUGUUUGAUUCUAUGGUCACACCCCUGCCUUCUUCUGAAACUUCUGAGUUACCAAGUUCCUCUUGUGUGAAAAUGGCAGACUUAAAAGCAGUCCUUCUGCAGUGUGUUGAAAAGCGCACAAUUUGCCCUUCUCUGGCUGGCUUCCUAUUUUCUGAGUGGGACAGCGAGACCCAUAAUGAGUCAGUUUCAGCUCUGUUGGAAAAAUUUAAGAGGAGUGACCAGGUGUUUGAUAUCAAUGCAGAGGUUGAUAGUGACUCUGUGGACAAUGCUGAGGGCCCAGCAGAUGAUGACUUUGAUGCAGAUCUACUAGACAGGACAGUUGCGAAGGAUCUUGGGGAGUUCUCGGAAAAAAUGGAAGCAUGUAGGGUAACACCAGGAUCCUCAAGAAGAGAUGUGCUUUCCCUGGAGGAAGGAGACAUUGGGUCCAUGUGCCUUCACUUGUCCAUGAAUCCCAGCGAGUACUCUUAUUUCAGCCCCCGAACCAUGUUAAUGUGGGCAGGCCCAGAACACUGGCGUUUCAAGCCUCGCCACAAAGGUGAUGCUAACUGUGAGAAGGUAAACAAAAGGAAGACUGCAAAAAAAGUCUUGGAAAUAAAUUUUGAUGAGGAAAUUGAGUUUGAGCUUCAUUUCCGUGAGACAAGGGCAGCUACAACUCUAGCCCCAGCGACGCUUGAAAGUAAGAACAAGAAAUGCAACACCCUCCCCAAAGACUUCCAUUAUGAUCCCAACAAUCUUACCCGCCUCUUCCUCAAACCAGCCAAUAGGCUUUGGAAAACACCACUAAAGGCCAACUCACCAAGUCAUGAUGAUGAGGUUGGAGAGUAUGAUUACAACAAUCCCAAUGAUAUCUCUAAUUUCUGUCCUGCAUUGCAGGAUGCUGACAGUGAUGACGGUGAUUAUCCCAAUGAGUUCAUGGGCCAGGGUGGGAUGUUUGAAAUGACCGCUCAUCCUACUGGAGGAGCUGACCAGGACAUAGAGCUCAAUGGUGGGCUCAAUAUCACCACCUAUGGUGAAUCAAACCUUGUGGCUGAGCCACAGAAGGUCAACAAGAUAGCUAUCCAGUAUGCAAAGACUGCCAAAAAGAUGGACAUGAAGAGGUUAAAACAGGCCAUGUGGUGCCUCCUAACUGAUGCCGAGAAGAAUCAAACUGAGGAAGAGCAAGUCGCCUUGGAGAAAAGCGCUGAUUUCUCGGUGGUGAUGGGUAAGAAGGUCUUCAGCAGCAUUACCAAGGAUCUGCUUCACAGGGUGCCUACUGUUAUGGCAAAAAACCUUUCUAUACCAUUGGCAUUUGCUUGCCUCUUGCACUUGGCCAACGAAAAGAACCUGAAGCUGGAAGGGGUGGAAGAUUUGUCUGAAGUCCUUGUGGCCCAAGGAGACUAACGUGCCACUUGGAAGAGGGUUUGUCUGCCCACAAAAGAUGUAUGGCCUGAACCAUCCAUAGCUGCUUUUCCACCUCCUGGAAAUGCUAAUGAGAACAUCACACCAUUUUCGGCAGCUCUGGGAGACAUGUGAAUACACAGUAGUUUGCAAUCAUGGGCAGUGGGUGAAAAGUGUGCCUAUCCCAAGAGUUCCAUCAUGAUUUUAACCCUCUUAAGUCUGCAUCUUCUCCUCCUGACACUAGAUGAGUUCUUCUAUGCUGUGGCCCGUGAGCAUUUUGAAAUGUGUCAGUGUUACCCCCCACAGUCACGAUAAUUGCAAAUGACUUGUAGGCGUAUUUAGUUUGCUUUUUAACAUAUGCGUCCACUUGCUGUACACAGAAAGCUAACCUGUCUCCUUUUUAUACUCCUUAUUCUUUUAUUGUAAUUGAUUUUAUAUAUUUAUACA